UACAGUACCCACACGGCACUGUUAGCAUCUAGAGUACAUUCUGCUGCUUAUCCGGGGAUGUCACACCGCUGCUAUUUUCUCCCCUCAGUCCCUCUCACUCUCAGCCUACAGCUCCAGCGGACUGAGACGGGGUUUUGGAUAGAAAGAAACGAACAAUAAGAUACAAAACAGAGGCCAAAAAUGGCAGAGCUUGGAAUGGGAAGCCUGCCGUUAGGGGAUCCUGCUUUAAAUUACCAGGAGCACGAGCUGAACGAGCGGCUGAAACGGCUCUACCCAGCUGUGAACGAGGAAGAGACCCCUUUACCUCGAUCCUGGAGCCCCAAGGAUAAAUACAGCUACAUUGGGCUGUCACAGAACAACCUGCGAGUCCAUUACAAAGGCCAUGGUAAGAACCACAAGGACGCAGCAUCAGUGCGAGCCACACACCCAAUCCCAGCUGCCUGUGGGAUCUACUACUUUGAAGUCAAGAUUGUCAGCAAAGGUCGAGAUGGGUACAUGGGCAUUGGCCUGUCUGCCCAGGGAGUCAACAUGAACAGACUGCCUGGAUGGGACAAGCACUCAUACGGUUACCAUGGCGAUGACGGCCACUCCUUCUGUUCCUCCGGGACUGGCCAACCAUAUGGCCCAACAUUCACCACGGGGGAUGUGAUUGGCUGUUGCGUUAACCUCAUCAACAACACUUGCUUUUACACCAAAAAUGGCAUCAGUUUGGGUGUAGCCUUCACAGACCUCCCUCCCAACCUGUACCCCACUGUGGGGCUUCAGACCCCAGGUGAGAUUGUAGACGCUAACUUUGGCCAGCAGCCGUUUGUCUUUGACAUCGAGGACUACAUGAGCGAAUGGCGGGCCAAGAUCCAUGGCAUGAUUGCUCGCUUCCCCAUAGGAGAAAGACUGGGGGAAUGGCAGGCUGUCCUGCAGAAUAUGGUGUCCAGCUACCUGGUGCACCAUGGGUACUGUGCCACAGCAACAGCCUUCGCCAGAGCCACAGAGACAAUGAUACAAGAGGACCAGAUGUCUAUAAAGAACAGACAGAGAAUACAGAAGCUGGUGCUGGCAGGACGGGUGGGCGAAGCCAUAGACGCUACUCAGCAGCUUUAUCCUGGUCUGUUGGAACAUAACCCCAACCUACUAUUCAUGUUGAAGUGUCGUCAGUUUGUGGAGAUGGUGAACGGUACAGACAGUGAGGUUCGCUGCUUGACCAUUCGCUCCCCUAAGUCCCAGGACAGUUACCCUGGCUCACCUAGCCUUAGCCCCCGCCAUGGAGUCGGCAACACACACCUGCACACUGGAGGAGCAGACAGCCCUACCUGCAGUAAUGGGGUAACUCCACCUAACAAGUCAAAGAGCCACAGCGGCACGGGCAGCAGCAGUGUCAAAUAUCCCAGUGUGACCUCCUCCGCCUCCUCCUCCACUUCCUCCUCCCCUUCUUCAGUCAACUACUCUGAGUCCAACUCCUCCGAUUCCACCAAAAGCCAGCCACACAGCGCCAACAGCACCCAGGAAACCAGUGACAGUGAGAUGGAGAUAGAAGCAGAGCACUAUACCAACGGGGUUGUUGAGGGCUCCUCAGCGCGGAUCAUGAAUGGCACAUAUAAACACGAAGAGAUCCUUCAGCCAGACGACAACAGCAUUGGCAAUGGGGUCACAGCAGAUGAAGGUUGUAGUAAUAGCAAACAGCUUUGUGGAGGGAACCAGGCAGCCACAGAGAGGAUGAUCCAGUUUGGACGGGAGCUGCAGGCGCUCAACGAACAACUGUGCCGCGAGUAUGGCAAGAACGCCAUACACAAGAAAAUGUUGCAGGAUGCAUUCAGUCUGUUAGCGUACUCAGACCCAUGGAACUGCCCCGUUGGCCAGCAGUUAGAUCCCACACAGAGAGAAUCACUCUGCUCUGCACUCAACAGCGCCAUACUGGAGUCCCAAAAUCUGCCUAAGCAGCCUCCUCUGAUGUUAGCAUUGGGUCAGGCCACAGAAUGUGUUCAGCUCAUGGCCCGAGUCCGGUCUGGUUCCUGCUCCUUCGCCAGAGUAGACAACUUUUUGCACUAGCCCCAGUCCAGCAGAACUCCGCAGUGUGAAAGUUUUUGUCACUGAAACUUUUCCACCAAUGGGGCAGAAUAGGUAGCCUUAUGCAUCAAUUUAAGGGUGGUGAUUAUGCUAAUAAUCAAAUCUCACAAGGCCCGCCUCUUCAUUUACAAGUGGUUUUCAUUAGGUUGAAAGAAGCUGUUUUACAGAUAGGUUUAGGAUUAAGUAUUUUUUCUUUACGAUAAGAAAAAAAAAAAAUUCUUGCAUGAGGCCCAGUGUUGUGUUAGUCAACAGUGAUCACAACUCUGAAUCAGUGCUCAUGGUGGACUAACCCAUUUAGAAGUAACCAUAGCAACAAUAUUGAUGCUUUACACAAUGUUGGUGGUUGGUGGGUUAACUCUUAUCAUUAAAACUGUCUAAUGCUUAAAGCAAUGCUUUAAUCAAUAAUUUUAAACCAAUUUUAGCUUUUAUGCUUUAUUUUCUUUGGUAAGUGACACGUGACAAUGGCGAGGUGGGUGUCCUUUAUAGAUGUUACUGGAAUAACAAUGGAAAUAUUGUAUAGACAGAGGGUGUAACACAACAGUGUCUGUUCAUUAUUUUCCUUCAGUGGGACACCUCAUUGUAAAAUGAUUGCUUACACUGUGCAUACAUGCAUAAAAUUAAAAACUUCUGGACAAGAUACACACUUAAAGGAAAGAACAAUUACUCCCAAACAAGGUGAAAAUACUAAAACAGUAUAUCUAUGCUGUACAAAAAUACAAAUGCAAGCUGUUUUAAUCCUGCUACAUUCAUUAAUUACCUUGCUUAGAUGAUUACCCAUCUCUCCACAGGUUAAUGUUAAGUAGCACUGAGAGAAGGCAUGUCCAGCAGGUAGUUGUCAUAGCGACGGAGGAAAGCGCAUGCGUGUGAUUGGUGUGUUUGGAUGUCCAUCAGACCAAGUCAGCGGCACAGACAGAGGAGCGGAGGAGAGCAAGAGAGAAGAAAGCUUCCUUUUAAUUUAGUAUUAUCAAAUAAAGAAAUGUGUGACAUUAUUUAAAAAUAAUUAAUUAUUAUUCUGUUUAUCUAGCCUUUUUUUUUUUAGUUCUUUUUGUCAGUUUGUUGUGCUCAUCAUGGACAAAACAAAUUGUAAUUCCCCUUUUUAUUUUUUCCUCUGUUUUAAUGAGUGGAUUUUGAUUCCCUACAAUCAGUGUUUUACACACAUUGUUGUUGUUCAUCAUAUCACAGACCACAAUACCCAAAGCUGUUUACCAUUGUGAGACCCCACAAGUGUAGGUCAACAUAACAAAACCUGAGGUAUAUUACAUCAUCUUUAAUAAGAUAAAGAAGACAAACAGACUCUCUAAGCCCUUUAUUCCCCUGAAAUAUCCACUUGGAAUUGCAUUCAUGUCUUGAAAUAGAGUGAACAAAAAAGUCCUCUGAAUGAAAAACACCUCUGAUUGUGUGGAGCAGAUCAUUAGCUCUGUUCAAGGCUAAUGCAGUGCAGGAGUGAACACUAACACUGAGAAAAUGGACUGAUGUAAGUGAAAAAUGCGAGUCCCCAAUUAUUCCAGAAAGUUGGAAAUAAAAAUUUAUAAUGUCAUAGUUAUGUAAUGUUAUUAAGAAUAAAAUACUGUGAGCUAACAUGUUAGUAGCCAAAGAACAGGAUAUAUCCUGAAAAACAUCACCUGUGUAUAAAACAUAAUUGAUGGGGCUUUGUAGUGGCGAACACUGCCAGUAACCAGCGGAAAAGGUUGAUGUCAAGGGAUUAAAUUGGAGUAUUAGAGGUGUUGAAGCCUUAAUUUUGCUGUAAAUACCACAGCAUCGAUCAAUCAGUGAUAUGGCUGCAGGUGGCAGAGCUCAGCACCUACAACACCUGCUCUCAGGACGAGCCUAACACUAUUAUCAUGGUCACCUUGAUGCCAGCAUUGAGAAAAGCAGUAUCAAAGGCAGACUAAAAAGCACAGUGUGUGUAUGGCUAAAAGUCAAGACACCAUAUGGGUCUUUUUAUUUAUUUUUUUAUUUUUUAUUUUUUUUUACAUAGUCCACAGUCUGACCUGCUCUUUGUAUGUGCUAUUGCAAUUAGAAUUACAAAUAAAGGGGUGAAUUAAUUUGCCAAACAGGAAGGUUUUAAAUUUCAGGGUAGAUAAUUAUAUCACAGUCUUUCUUUCAUUUUGAUUUCAACCACUUAAAGGUCAUGAAAACCAGUUCUGUUUGUUGGGAAAAGGCUGUUUUUUUUCACACAGACCACUCCAUUUCUCUAAUGACCAUAAACUUGACUGUUCUCCCUGCUGUUGGAUAAAGGGACAUAAUCAAGUCAAAUAUAUUUACAGUAUGUAGCCCAAAAUCACAAGAUUGUCCCAGAAUAUUUUUCACCCUGUACAAUAACAUGAAAAUAAGGUGGAAAGCAAGGAUCUUUUUAUUGUUCAGGUUUGCUGCUGGCCACUAUGAGAUUUACAAAGAAGUCAUUACAUUGCUUCUGUACAGGAGUUUGUGUUUUAGAGUCAGAUCAGUAGUAACAAAACUACGUGUACAGCUCCCAACAACAUAAAUUACAGUUACAGAAUCUUUUGUGAACCACUCCUCACUGUCUGACGCCAAAGUGUUUAAUAUCAAAUAAAUAUAAAUAUCUAAUAUCAUACAAAUCCAUAUGAAAAAAUUGAUUGAAAAUAUA